UCCAAUUCUUGAAAAGAAAAGUCACACAAUUUCAAUUAAAAGAAUAAAAUUAGAGCAAAUCAGAAAUCGUAUCUUAAUACUAAACAAUAAAAUAAACAAAUCUCUAAAUAAGAUAUAUAAACGCAAGGAAUAAUUAUAUUAUAAUCAUGUCAUACGGUGGCGGUUACAAUCCCUACGAGCAAGGUGGAUAUCAACAAGGUUAUUCUGCUCCACCCGGUGCAUAUCCACCACAGAAUGCACAAGUAUCUCCUGAAGUCCAACAAUGGUUUAAUAUGGUCGAUCAAGACCGUUCCGGAAAAAUUAAUGCAGAGGAAUUAAAGGCGGCUUUGACAAAUGGUCGUGGUCAAAAUUUUUCCGAUACGGCAUGCAAAUUAAUGAUUAGCAUGUUCGACAAUGACGCAAGUGGAACUAUUGAUAUUUUUGAAUUCGAAAAAUUAUUCCAAUACAUCAAUCAAUGGCUGCAAGUCUUUAAAACAUACGAUCGUGAUAGCUCCGGACACAUUGAUGAGACAGAAUUGACACAAGCACUCUCCCAAAUGGGUUUCCGUUUCUCACCAGAAUUCGUACAGUUUUUGGUUAAAAAGAAUGAUCCACAAAAUCACAAAGAAAUCUCCGUUGAUCAAUUUAUUGUAUUAUGUGUGCAGAUACAACGUUUUACUGAAGCUUUUAGACAACGUGACACCCAACAGAAUGGUGUUAUCACAAUUGGCUUUGAAGAUUUUCUAACCGUAGCUUUGGGCUGCUCAGUAUGAAAGUAAUUUGCUUGUUUUAAAUAUUGUUAUGUUAAUUUAUUUCAUUCAAUAGUCAUUUAAUUUUUAAACUAACAGUGACGAUCAUUUUCAGCAAAUUAUUUUAAAUUAUUUGCUUAGCUUAAUGGUAAAAUGAAAAAAAAACUGCAUAAAAAUCUUAACUAUAUAUGAAAAUCACUUAAAUAGCACUCGAUGUAAAUCUCUAAAAAUGAUCAAUGUACAAUAAUAUUGGUAACUUCUACAUUUCACAUUAUUUUUUUAAAUAAAAUAUACAAAUGUUUUCAGUACAAACACAUUAAUAAAAUGCUAUAUUUUAUAAAAUUUAAA